AUGGCUUCGUUGAACCAGAACAGCAGCGAAUCUUUUACGAGUGGCAUCGAGUAUAACUGCAACAAAACACAGGAGGCGAUUUUUUUGGUCCUCUACGCAGUUGUAGGGAUUGUCAUGUUUUUUGGGAACAGUUUCGUCUGCGUGGUUUUCUUAGCAUCCAGGAAACUUCGCCAUAGUUUCAUGAAUAUGUUUCUGUUAAGCUUGUCAGCCUCGGACAUCCUAAUGGCUGCUUUUGUUAUUCCCUUUUACACAGUUCACUGUUUCCGAGACUGUCCUCAUUCGCUGACCUCUUACUGUUGGCUUUUAAGAAAGGCUCGAGACUUCGUACUGGCGGCAACCACGCUCAACAUUUGCGCAAUUACUUACGAUCGUUUUCUCGCCAUUCUCCGUCCGUUGCAAUACGGUGCCAAAAUGACAAGACUUAGAGUAGGGGUCAUUUUAACAGCCGUGUGGUUGAUUCCCGCCGUGGUAGCUGCAACACGCAACGCAUGGAAUCAAAGAACUGACGACAACGCACAGCGUCACCUUAAAGUCAAGUUGUAUGACACAUUUGUCGUUAUAAUCCCAGUGCUUCUGUUUCAGAUUGGAAUUGUGACUGUUAACAUUCAGAUAAUUCGUAAUAUUCACAAACACGAACAAGCUGCUAAGAUUUGUGGUGCUUUGCAUUCACCAGAUCAACAAAAAAAAGACCUGAGAGAAAUUUCCCGUUUAAGAAAGGGAACAACAUCAUGUGUUAUUGUUGUGAUGACAUUUGUAAUAUGUUGGUUGCCAAAAACUGUGCAUAAUUUUAGCUAUAUUGUGGAUUCUCCAGAUCCUCUCUUAUCAAGUCCCUUAUUUUUCAGAAUUUGUUUUAUUUUCCUAUUUAUACAAUCGUCUUUCAAUCCAUUUAUUUACACUGUGUAUAGAGCACAAUUCAGAAAAGCUACAAGGGACAUUAUCACAAGAUUUUAUCUCGGCCCAAAGCAACAGAAAAAUAAUUCUUAUCUCUGA